AUGCGUUCAGCAAUUUUAUACAUUACCAGCAGCUUCUUGGUGGCUUCCGCAUUAGCCAACCAGGCACAAUGGACCCCCUUCGCCAACCUCCAAGCAUUCCUUCCACAGCAAGACCAGCAAGUACAAGCAAGUGAAUACGGCGACUUUGGCGGACAAGAAGACCACGGCGAUGGCGGCGGCUUCGGAGGUCACGGCUUUGAAGGUGGUAACGACUUUGGUGGAGGUGGUCACGGCUUCGGUGGCCAUGAUAUUCAAGCCCACGCCUACCCCGUCCACCAACACGUCGAGGAAGAAAACCCGGAACCAAUCAAACACUACAAGGAAGUAGUGGUCCCUGUUCCCAAGAACGUAGAGUUCAAAGUUCAUCAACCGAUUAUAAUACCGGUCCCGCACCACGUUCCGAUUCAAAUUCCGGUGCCAAAAGCUGUGGUCAUUCCGAUCGUGAAGGAAGUUUCCGUUCCGGUGGAAAAAUCUGUUCCUUAUCCAGUAGAGAAGAUUGUUCACGUGCCUAAAGUUAAAGAAGUGCCUUUCGAAGUGGUGAAGCAUAUUAUUGUCCCUGUACCCAAGCCUUUCCCUUUCAAAGUGCCAGUCCACGAAACGAUCAUCCACACGAAAAAGGGCUCUCACAAGAUAUAAAUGAGGUUUAAAUUCGUUAGCUUUUUAAAGUAAAUUUGUUGUUAGUUUUCCACCGUUGUUUGUGCUGAUGUGUGCUUCCAAAUGUAUAAAUAGGCGUGUAUAGUUGUGUUUGUUAUUAUAGAAUGCGUUAGCUAGUCAUCUUCAGUGUGUGCGAGGGUAGGACAGUGCUGAGAGUAGGCCAUUGUCAAUAUUCUUAAAUUGAUGUGAAUGUAAAAUGACCUUUGUACAAUGGUUGAUUGAUUAUAGAUUGCCUUGUGAAGGAAAGCUGGUUAAACGGGAAGUACCAUUAAGGUAAAAGUGAUGCGGUGUAUUGGUGUGUGUAUAGGCCCUUAAUCCCAGGAGAUGACUAGAUGUGUGUACUAUACUUUACUGUGAUUGUUUCUUGUUAUUUAGUUUGUAAGAAUAAAUAUUUUAUACCAUUUUCCUA